GGUGGCCUCCUGCUUGGGUUUGUCCACAGCCCCCAGAUGAGUAAGUCCGCCCCUGCUUCAAGGAUGCGUACGUGACAAAUUACGACGUGACGAAGGCGGAAGUGCCCCGACCGUAUAAGGAGUAACGUUAUAGACACCGCUGAGCAAAUCUACUAGCAAGAAGGCCAGAAGGCGCGGUGCGGAACCUGCGGCCAGAACAGGACCAACGGCAGCGAUGGAUCGAUUGAGGUCUGCGUUCAACAGCAUGAUUAAAAGCGAGCGCUACAGCAGGUUCACUCUGCAGCACGAGGAGGACGGAGAGAGGCACGUCGAGGUCAAACUGUCCGAUGACGCAACAGAUGACGCCACGGAGGUCGGCCAGGCGGGGGGCUCGCCCAGCUUCCGGCCGGCACCUCCGCGUCAGAGCCGUAGCUCCCUCUGCUACAUGGCCGUAGGAGUCCUGCUGGUCUUUAUUAUCGGAUACUUUAUCGGUUACAUCAGCCACCGUAAACCUCGGGUGGAGCCAGCGGAGUGCAGGACAGGGUUGGAAGGGGAAGAAAGCACACCAGUAUAUCCCGAACAAGCUCCAGUGGACGCCGCGCCAGCUCCGGAAGCGCAGCUGGACUGGAAGGACAUCACUCAACUUCUCACGCAGAAACUCACCACUGAGACCUUCGACAGGACUCUGAGGGACUUUGAUCUACCCAGACGUUCAGCCGGCAGCCAAGAAGAUACGAGCCUGGCAAACCGCAUGUUUGAGGAGUUCAAGAAACUUGAGAUGGAGCCCUGGACCGACAUCCACUUCGUUCAGCUGCAGAUGCCAGACAGCAAUCGCCCAAACCGUGUCCUUUUUGGUUCAGACGUCUUCAAGCCUACGGGUUAUCUUGCAUACAGCGCUACUGGGACAGUUCAGGGAAAGCUGGUGUAUGGCAACUAUGGUCGACAAAAGGAUCUGGAUGUUCUGCAGAAGAAGAACGUUGAGCUGAAAGACUGCGUGUUGCUGCUCCGAGCUGGAAAUAUCAGUUUUGCAGAGCAGGUAAAUAACGCUGCAGCGAAGGGGGCCUCUGCUGUUCUAAUCUACCCCGACCCUCAAGAGUACACGUAUACAGCCGACACAGAACUCUACGGACAUGUCCACCUGGGUUCAGGCGACCCCUACACCCCUGGAUUCCCCUCCUUCAACCACACGCAGUUCCCCCCAACUAAGUCAUCCGGUCUCCCCACAAUCCCAGCCCAGACUAUCACCGCCAACAUGGCUUCAACUCUUCUACGGAAAAUCGGUGGCCCCGAAGCAGAUGCAAGCAGCGGCUUUAAAGGCGGCAUCAGGUCACUGUCUUACAGCCUGGGAGGCAGCGAGAACGUCACCGUCGAGGUGAACAACGUGCUGGUCAACAGGGAGAUCCACAACGUGUUCGGAGUCAUCAAAGGAUUCAUAGAUCCUGAUCGCUACGUUGUACUGGGAGCCCAGAGAGACGCCUGGGGUAAAGGUUACGCCAAAGCCACUGUUGGCACCUCCAUUCUGAUGGAGCUGGCCAGGGCUAUUCAUGAGAUGGUGAAGAAAGAUGGAUUCAGGCCCAGGAGAAGCCUGGUGUUUGCAAGCUGGAGUGCUGGAGAGUAUGGAAGUGUUGGCGCCACCGAGUGGUUGGAGGGUUAUAUGUCCUCUAUUGACAAAAAUGUUUUGACCUACAUAAGCCUGGAUGGAGCAGUCAUGGGUCGUGGGAGCUUAAUAGCCUCAGCAAGUCCGCUGCUUUACAGCCUCCUCGGGAGCACAAUCAAAGAGGUGAAAAAUCCUCUUGGUUCUGGUGCUGUGUACGAUAUGGUGGGGAAAAGCAACUGGGAGGCCAACGUACUGAGACCGAUGUCGGUGGACGACCCUGCUUAUCCGUUCUUGGCCUUCUCCGGGAUUCCCUCCAUCUCUUUCCACUUCAUCUCUCCCAAUACUGAAAGCUACGCCUACUAUGGUACCAACCUGGACAACAUGGAUCAUCUCAAUUAUCAAACCAACCAGCGCACAGGUGAAAUGACCGCUGUCGCUGCACAGUUUGCCGGUCAGAUGGCUCUGCGACUGGUUCACGACCACCUGCUCAACCUGGACGUGAGCAGAUACACCAAACUGAUCACCAAGGACGUGUCCCUGAUCCGCAAACGCAUUAUUCAGCUCACUCAGUCUGGUCAGCUGAAGGGUGUGGAUUCCAACUGGCUAAGCCGUGCACGUGGCUCCUUCCAACGAGCCGCUACCAGCAUCAGCAACGCCAUCGUCAACACUGACAUAAAUGACCAGGAGGCCUGUCGCAUCCUCAACGACAGGAUCAUGACAGUCGAGCACACCCUCCUCUCUCCGUACGUGUCCCCCAUCGACACUCCUUUCCGUCACCUCGUGCUGGGCCGCGGCUCCCACACUUUGGCGUCCAUCACCGAGGCCACCGACAUGGAGCAGCUCCGCAUCCAGCUGGCCCUGGCCACCUGGAACCUGCAGGAUUGCGCCAACGCCAUGGUCGGAAACAUCUGGGAACUCGACAACGAAAUCUAAAGCGGAGAGAGUCGCGAGCGUGUGUGCGUGCGUGCGUGUGCGUGGUUGUGAAAUUGAGCAAAUGUGAGUAACGAGACACAGGUGGUUGUUCAAAGCAAGCGAACACACAAUAGAGCGAAAGAAAAAUAAAAAACCGAAGCAGAGGGCGGAGCUCCAAUAUCAGCACUUAAGCACAAGCUGUCAAUCAGAGGUCAAAGCCCCACGCUUUAUAUACAGGUUUAUAUUCCGUUAUUUUGGGGGGAUCUGACUGAACCUGAAUCCCACAAAACACCAGGAGGAGAAGCAACAAUAUUGAACUUGAAGCUAAAACACGUUAAAAAAAAAACAACAACUGUGAAACGGCACCAAAUACUCGGAAGAAACUAAACGACAGAUCUGCCUCCUCCUCCUCCUCCUGGCUGCACCCCAGAAAUGUUGAACCAGUCGAAGCCUUUGCUGUGACCUCUCGCCAUCAAAACGCUGAAGACCUUAUUUAUACUUAAGUUUUUUUAUCAGUGGCAGUGCCCACUAUAAAUAUAUAUCGUUUGUCUUUUUAUACGACGUUAUCGGAAGCAGUGCCUUCCAUAAUUAUGACGGUUAUACUGUCUAAUCCUACGGCAGCAUCUGCUACACAUAUUAACUCCUCAACUGUUGCUGACAAAAUGGAGCCCGUGAUGAAGUUUAAAUUUAUUCUAUUUCAAGUAACGCUUUAUUUUACAGGUCUCUUAAUUUUGUACUAAUUUCCUGGAAUUUUACAGAGAAAUUUGCAGGUAUUUAACACUUAAUUUUAAGGACAUUUUACAAUUGUACAAAUUAUUUUAAAAAAUGGGAAAAAAGUGUUAAGAUGGUUAAAUGGCAUGUACCCACUGAAUAUAUUUAGAUUCAAAUGUAGUUCUUAAUUUUAAUAAUAACAAAAAUAGAUUAGAUUCUUAACAGUAGUUUAAUAGAAAGAAAAAACUUAGUUUUCAGUGCGUAGUUUUGUGUCAGUGAUGUAUUAGCAUAUUAGGUAGUUUGUUUAAAAAAAAAAAAAAAACAACUUAAACUUUUUUCUAUUGCUUUUCUAAUAAUUUGUACCAAAUUACACCACCCUUUCUGUAAAAUUUCCUAAAAAUUAACAGUUUAAUACCUGCAAAUUACUCAGAAAUUGUCUUGUAAAUGUGUAUAAAAUCAUAGGACCUGUAAAACAAGGCGUUAAAUUCCCUCUGCUCUUCAUGUCAUGCCUUCAUGAGAUCUUAACUGAAGCAGCUACACAAAGAAAAAAAAUUACUCCGGUGGGGCUUCACGCCGCCAUAAAAUGUUUGUUUUUAAAAAAAAAAAUUGAAAGGGAGAAAUGAAGAGUUUUUCCUGAUUUGACGUCAGGAACUAUUUUGAUUCGUCUGUCAAAAACCAGACUAGGAGCAGAGAGACAUCAGGCAAGAAGAUGUUAUUUACACACCACAAGCCUAGAAAUAAAUUAAUUGUGUAACAGGGGGAAAAAUAAGUAAAAAAAAAAAUGAAUGCACAAACAAAUAACACAUUAUAAACCCCCCCCUUUUAUCACAAUGAAUUGGUUACAUAAUUUGCAAGAAAGCCAUUUAUGUUGCACAGUCUACUUUUGGAGCACUUAAUGAUACAGAUAAGUUAUCGGGAGCAGUGCCUUCCAUAAUUAAAACUCAUUAUCGGGAGCAGUGUCUUCCAUAAUGACAAGCAGUGACGGUAGUUUUUGCCUACCAACGUGUGUGUGUUUGUGUUUGUGUGUGUUUUAUGUGUGUAUUUAUCGGGAGCAGUGUCUCUCAUAUUUCACUUGAAGGGUGGAACAACUUAUCGGGGACAGUGUUUCCCAGAGUUUUAUACUUGAUAUAUUUAUUUGUUUUCUCUUUAUUUUUGGAUUAUAUAUUUGUGUGUGUGUGUGUGUGUGUUUAGGCACAGUCCUCCUGACCUCCAGAGUGUGUGCGUGUGCUUCUGAUUUUUUCCUUUUUUUUGCCUUGAGCUAAAAUUUCUGUUUCGCGCUGUAGUUUUCACACGACAGACUCAUUUUUAAUUUUGUCCUCGACACUCGGGACUGUGUAAAUGCACUGUACUCAUUAUAAUUAGCUGCAAACCUGAUUUGUCUGUCUAGUUAUAGAAACAAGAGAUUUCAAGGUAGGUAGCAGGUAGCUUUUUUUUGCGUCGGUGGCUUCAUCAGUUUCACAGAUCAUGUACUACAUACAUAUGAAUUCACUCCUGUUGCUUCCCUGAUCACAGACCACAUGUGUUACCAUAACAUUUGUCACUGUAUGCAUGUUACUCUACUGCUUUACAGGUGUAGCUCAACGAUCUUACUAUACGGAUUAGAAAAGAUUCAAAUAUUUCGAUUGUAGGGUUUGACAGAUGUGUCCGUUUUUGUUUUUAGAUGCAGAAUAAUAUUUUUGUAUCUAAGCUACUAUAUUAUCUGAUAUAUCUUUCUUCCCAUAAAAGUUAGUGUUUUUCCCCUAAAUUGUAUGGAUCUGGAUGCAAAACGCUAGCUCAUGUUUCAAUUGAAGCUCUUAUUAUGAAUCCCAUAUAACCAUAUUAAAAUUCUUUUUAUUUCAACAUCUACUGUAGAGUCAAUAAAAUGUCAGUUCAUCAUUAUUCAGAUUAUUGGAUGUUUGAACACGUUUGGUUGUUUCCUUAGCAGGUCGGUUCUGUUGAGUUUGUUACAUCUCAGUUUCAGUUUUUCUUGUUUCUUCCAUCUGUUCAAAGAAUUAAAACCGACUGAAUCAUCACUUUAAAAAAAAAAAAACAUACUGCAAUUGUUUCAAAACCUGCUCAGUUUUCUGUAAUUGACAAGUUAUAGAAAUUAUGUUUCUGUGAUUUCCAUGUUCAACAGAAAGACUAAUAAACCCUCUGGUUUAGCAUCCA